UGUUGAUUACGCACUCCCUUAUUUUAGGGUUGGCCUCCAGAGACAUGGACAUCUUCAUGGAAUGGGAUUUUAAUGCAACGGGUAACACCAGCUAUAACACAGAACAAGAAAUACAAGAAGGCAGCAAAAGACUCAACCACAGUGACCCCCUGGACAUGUUUGAAGGCAUGGAGCUUCUCCUGCGUUUCAAACCUCUCUUCCUGCCUCUCUACUGUCUCAUAGUGGUCGUGGCUGGUGUUGGAAACUCCUUCCUGUUGGCUUGCAUUUUGUCUGACAAGAAACUCCACAAUGCCACCAACUUUUUCAUCGGUAACUUAGCAGCUGGAGACCUGCUGAUGUGUUUGAGUUGUGUUCCGCUGACUGCGUCCUAUGCCUUUGACAGCCGUGGUUGGGCUUUUGGGAGACCCCUCUGCCACUUGGUCCCCUUGCUGCAGUGUGCCACAGUAUUUGCAUCAGCGCUUUCACUCACUGCCAUUGCUGUGGAUCGCUACAUUGUUGUAGCUCACCCAGUUCGGAGAAGGAUCUCUGCGUGGGGUUGUGGUGCAGUGACUCUGGGUGUCUGGCUUUUAUCUCUGGCCCUGGCUGCACCUCCUUCUCUCUACACACGCUAUCUGGACCUGCGACCCAGUGGCAUUAACGUGGUAGUGUGUGAGGAAUUCUGGCCCCAUAGUGGCAAUCUGCGGGUGCUCUAUUCUUGCUUCAUUCUCAUAACCUCUUACAUGAUCCCGCUGCUGUCAGUCAGCGUAUCCUACUGUGCCAUCACUUUCAGCCUCAAACACUAUUCAGUACCCGGGGAGCCCUCCAACAGCCAGCGGCUCUGGAACCAAAGGAGGAAGAAGACCUUCUAUCUGCUGGUGGCCUCAGUACUGGCUUUUGCCUUGUGUUGGUUGCCCCUGCAGGUGCUGAACCUGUUGUUGGACCUGGACCCAGACUUCCACAUCAUAGGGAAGCGCCACAUAAAUGUCUUACAAGUCUGCUGUCAUUUAGUGGCUAUGAGCUCUGCAUGCUACAACCCCUUCAUCUAUGCUUCACUGCACAGCAAGGUGCGCAUGCACCUAAAAGGCUACCUCUGUCCUUGUCGCAGUCGUCAGCGGCAGAUGAAGGAAAGGGCGUCAACUAGGAGCUAAUUUUAGACCACUGAUACAACAACUGUAGCAGCACCUGACAUCCAGAGUCCUGUCCUUACCCACAAGCUAACACCUGCACCCCAACACUUCUGUAAAUGUCUGAGGUGUCUAGGAGAAAAUUAGAUUGUUUCAUGCUUUUCCAGCAUUUUGUGUCAUCAAGACAUUUGGUCCUCUCUUGUACAGUGUCACCAGAGGGAGUGUUAACCAAGGUCACUUAUGACAAACAGGCAAAGAAAAAGGAUCUUGACCAGACUAUACUUAAGUACAAGGAAGAAGAAGAUUAAGCCAUCCACUGGUAUCCCUGUGUUUUUUCUUGGACAGCCAAGCUGCCUUGCACGGACACUAAGCAGAUCUUGCAGCUUUAAAACAGCCGGCAGUGGCAUAAAUACAGCCUCAGGCUGAGGGGUUUUGUAGCAGACAUGCUGGAUGCUGAGAUCAGGGGUGGCUACACAGGGACUGGUUAUACUUUAAAGUUAGGGAGCUGACUGAACAAUGAACUCUUCUGAGCAGACAAUUACAUUACAGACCCAGAAGAGGACAUGCAAAAGAAGAAGAAGAAAAAAAGUUAGUUCUAUUUACUCGCUGGUACUGAAUGUCUGUGCUUCAAAUAGUAUGUAUCUCUUGUAUUGCUUAUCACCUUCAUUAUGAUUUUAUUAUUAUUUGAAAUACACAUUGUCUGCUAUUUUAGUGUUAAUAUGUGCUAGUUGGUCCAUAUGGACUGGCUCCACAAUUAAACUGUUUGCUACUAGUGAAUUGUUUUAAUUACCUGAUGAACAAAGUCUCUUUUCUCUUGGCUUUUUCUCAAUCUAAAAAAAAAAGGACUAAAACAAUGAUAUACUAAAUACUCAGAGCAUGAACAAUAAGCAUCACUGUGCUACCACCAUUGCUGUUAACUUCCCGUCAGGUAUGAUCAAUGCUUUCUGAAUGCUUUCUUUGUUUGGAUAAAGCAUGGGUAUCAAGU